AUGGCGCCAGAUUCUUUGAGAGGAGUGCCAGUUGGGAGAAUCAGCGAGACGUCCUCAUAUUGGGAACAAACCUGGUCGUCUUUGGAUGCCUUCAUCGCCCAAGAACCCGAAGAAAAGCGCCUUAAAGAGAUAUAUCACGCGAGAAGGCUAGCUGAGCCAGGCAAUCAGUCCAUUCAGAGCAAGGCUAAACUCCACCAAGACAACAUGAGUAAACACGUCAAGAUUCGGGAAGUCUUUGGAGCCAAUACUCCGUACCACCCGAACCAGCUCGUAGCCAAGAAACAUAUGCCAUCAGAGGGCUUGUGUCAGAAAGAGCUCAUGUACCGCGUUGCAUGUAAAAUCUCUGAUCUUAAGGUUCUCAAUGAUCAGGGAGUUUUAGCCAUGGACGCUUUGGACUUUAUUCGCUGGCGUAUUGACCGCAAACUUGCGGAGAAGCUGAACCAUCCAGGUCUCAACGGGAAGAAUUUCGUUCGAACAAUCAUAUACAAGUUAUGCGAUGAACCCAAGAACGACAAUACCGGAUAUGCUGAUCCCGUCAUGCGGGAGGCAGUCCUCCUCUCUGCUCGCUAUCAAAAUCGUAUAGCCAACUUCAAAACAGAUGGCAGCAAAGCAUGCGCACCUAGGGCCAAGUCUACACGACCGACGAAGAGAACACGCCAGGUUAAUAGAGUUCGUCGUAGUCGCCUUCGAACUAAUUUGUCCACAGAGCAAGCUGAUACAGCACGAAGAGAAGAAGAGCGACAGGCAGAGAGGCGAGAACGUCGAGCUCAGCUGGAAGCUCAAUCAGGGAGCUAUCAAGGGGUGAAUGCUUUCAGACAAAUGCAGCAGGACAGGAAAUCACAGGAGUAG